AUGUCUAGCAUGAUAAAAAGUGACCUUAGGAUGGCUGCAUUUCGAAGAAUGACAGGACAAAGGCUAACCAUUUCCCUAAAAAAAAUUAGUUUGGAUAGAUGCAAAGUGCUCCUUGGCCGUUACACCAAUGGUCUUCAUCGAAAGCAGGAUUCCUCUCCAGCUCACAAAGUCAGCACACAACUCAGCAGUGGCUGCAAAAGAACAUUCCAGAGUUCAUCUCUGCCUCGGAUUGGCCCUCAGGAAGCCCUGAUCUCUACUAGAUUAUCGACUUUGGUCCGAACUGGAGAAGAUGGCAUGCCACAGAGCACACCCUAA